GAUUCGCGAAUCAGUUUAAAUGAAUCUAACUUCUUGAAUCAGAAGCAACAACAGCAAACUGGAGUCAUGGCAGAGCAAAUUUUGUCAGCGGACACGGGAUUGGCACAGCGUGUACUGAUGUUUAUCGGUAUUCAUAGUCUCUUCAACAAUGUUUUCAGUUUCUUGGACAAGACAGUGAGGUCAUGGUGGAUAACCAAUUGGCUGCCUUCAUGGUGUCCGACAUCUCAAAGACAACUGAAGGAGGCUGAGGAGAGGAUGCUGCAGUACAUCAAAAGCAAGUUCUUCAAACAGUUUGUCCGCAUAUCUGACAACAACAUGUUGUGGACGCUGGUGUUUAAGGGGCCAGUGGAAAGUAAAACACCUCUGGUGCUGCUGCAUGGAUUCGGGAGCGGCGUGGGUCUUUGGGCCCUGAACCUGGACUGUCUCUCUCAGCAGAGAUCCGUUUACGCCCUUGACCUACUGGGCUUUGGCGAGAGCAGCAGACCUCACUUCAGCACAGAGGCCCAGGAGGCUGAGCUCCAGUUUGUGGAGUCCAUUGAACAGUGGAGAGAGAAGAUGGGCCUGGAGAGCAUGAUAAUGCUGGGUCACAACCUAGGUGGAUAUCUGGCUGCCUCCUACGCUAUCAAAUACCCAACCAGAGUAAAGCAUUUGAUUCUGGUGGAGCCAUGGGGUUUUCCAGAGCGUCCUGACACAGGAGACCAGGACAGACCUAUUCCUGUGUGGAUCAAAGCUCUGGGGGCAAUGCUGAUCCCAUUCAACCCCCUUGCUGGUCUACGUCUGGCAGGACCUUUAGGUCCCACUCUUGUGCAGACUCUGAGACCAGACUUCAGAAAGAAAUUCGCUGCUAUGUUUGAUGACAAUAGAGUCACAGAAUAUAUCUACCAUCUUAAUGUUCAAUGCCCAAGUGGAGAAACUGCUUUCAAAAACAUGACCAUUCCAUAUGGCUGGGCAAAGAGGCCUAUGCUGCAGAGAAUUGGCCUGAUUCACAGCGACAUCCCCAUUACGGUGAUCUAUGGCUCACGCUCCAGCAUAGAUGGCCACUCAGGCAAUUCAAUCAAAGAAAUGAGGCCAAACUCCCAUGUAGAGAUCAUUGCCAUACGUGGUGCGGGACACUAUGUGUAUGCUGACCAGCCAGAGGAUUUUAACCAGAAGGUACUCCAAAUCUGUGAAACACUGAGCUGAAGGCUGAUAAUGAACAUCCUUCCCUUUUGUGUUAAGCUGAACGUGGCAUUCUGCAGACCUGCAGUCAGGGAAUGUUCCAGCACAUGUGCUUUUAGGAUGCCAGUAUCAGCUCAAGAGGUUGAUUUCUGUUGUAUACUGUAUUUACAGAAAUGUUAUACAGAUGUGUGUUUUACGCCGCUACCUAAUGUUAUUUAAUGUUUCUACAGUAACUCUGGAUGUCGUGCAAUUGUGAUUUUAUUAUAAUAUAAAAACAACAAGUAUAUUUUUGAUAUUUGCCACUGGUUGUUAUAUAGUAUGAAUUCAGGAUGAUUUGGAAAACAUCAUCCAUUUAACUUGAAACCGCUCCUAGAUUUUGCACAAAAUGAUUUUUGUGAAUAUGAGCAUAUUUGAAAUUAAACUUAAAUACAAGGAAUGGAUAAUAUAAAGUAAAUAAGAGCUAUACGGCUUGUUAAUUAUACUAUUAUUUUAAAACAACUUCAAUGAUCUAACUCUGUCAUUGUAAUAUUUAAGUACAACAUUAUAAACGGUUUCAACUGCCACAGCAUAAACAAACUUUAUGUGGCCCAAACUUAACUUCCGGUAGACCUCUGCAAAGAAUCAAUAAUUGUUGAGUAGUUUUAAUACCAUUUAUAUAGAAUAAAAUAUUCAGAUAAAUUAAAUUUCAAAUAAAUUGUUAUGUGUCAGAUAUGUCUAUAUAUGUUUUCUCCAGAAUUUAGUGUUUUUUAAUUCAUAGACAUUUAUCAGGAAUUUGAUGCAGCAUUAAUAAUUUUUGUAGGCUUUUGAAGCUUUGUUGUUUUCUACCUCAUAAAACUGUUAGGAUCAUAAGGGAGGCAGAAAAUAUGCAGCUCAAGUGUUUCACUGUAACUUGAAUGACAUGGGGAAGAUUCACAGUUCUUUAAAAGGAUACAUAACCCAAAAAUGAAAAUUCUAUCAUCAUUUACUAACCUUCAAGUUGUUCCAAAUGUGCAUCAAUUUCUUUGUUCUGAUGAACACAGAGAAAUUUAUUUGGAAUAAUGCUUAUAACCAAGCAGAUCUCAACCCCCAUUGACUUGAGUAAAUGACGAAGGUGAGUAAAUGAUGACAAAAUUUUCAUUUUUGGAUGAAGUAUCACAACUGCCUCAUAAUGUUUCUAAAGCCUCCAAUGUUCAUGUUUGCAUAGUAUUGUUUGAUUUAAAUGAUCAUGUUCUCAUCUUCAGCUGAAAACUGCUGAAGGCAUAUUUCUCAAUUUCCUAUAAAUAUUUUAUUGAGCCUCUAA